AUUACUUCACACAUAUCAAGAGUCAGUUUUUUUUUUGUUAUCAUCUAAACGCUGUACCUUAUCCGCCACGUAACGUACGUGUGCAAAUACAUUAGCACUCGGCCUUGCGCUUAUCGCCUCGUCAUUCAUCUGACCCUUUUCACUUAAAGCACAGGGCCUUGUACUUAUCUAAACCGUAUUUUUGCUGUACAUGACAGUAUGGCGGUCAGUGCUUGUUGGAAACUAUUCUGUGUCGUCCUUGGUAUCUUAGAGGCUGCUAUCUACUCUGUCACGUUAUACGGAUGGCCAGCCUUCAUGUACAUAUUCAUAGAGGAAGGGUUUUAUUAUUCCCGUUGUGACUUCGAUACUGUUACAAAUGCUACUUAUAACAUGACGAGUGCUGAUUGUUCUGGCCUUGGCAACUGCACACAAGACACAACCGGAGAGGACCAUGUUCUAAAGUGCACCGAGCAGGAAGAAAUGCUCAACCUGGUUUACACAAUCGCUAUGGUCGGUUUAGUGGCACUAUUUUUCCUUGGUUACGUCUAUGAUCACUAUGGAACAGUCUGUUUGAGGAUCAUAUCUAUAUGCUUGUGUGUUGGUGGAGUUAUCCUGAUGGCGUUGACUGAGAAAGGCACAGAAUGGCUGUUAUUCCCUGGGGCUGUAUUCCACCUGAUGGGAGGCUACCAGUUGGCUAUAACUGACGUCCAGGUGGCCGCGCUAUUUCCCAAGCUAAAAGCGACACUCACCUGUUUGGUUUCCGGUGCUAUAGACGUUAGCGGUUUUGUCCCUAUUUUGCUCAAGAUGGCAUACCAGGCCGGAGUGUCGUACAAGACGUGCAUGUUCACCUUUGCCGGCAUCAUAUUCUUUCUGUCUUCUGUGAACACAAUCACCCUUCCACCAAGACAGGAUGACGACGGGAACAACAUUGACGUUGCUUGUAGUUUAAAUAUUCGCAAAAGGCACAGAUCCGCCGACGACUCUUCCAAACCUAACGUGGUACAUUUUGCUUAUGGCAACGAAGCGUACGAUCAAAACGGCGUGAAUGAGUCUCCUACAGAUAAACAACUUGUAGAUGGGGAGGCAACCCCGGCGGAAGCCCAUGACAAGAAUGACCAUCAUGCUGUAAGCAUUAACACCUGUCAUCAACACAACAAAAAUGGCGAACAGAGGAAAACGUGUAUCGAUCAAAGUGACCAGAUGGUGCGCGAAGUAGAAAACCCUGACAGCAAAGAUGUCGACGACAACACUAACACCAGUUUACUGCAUGGAACGCUACUGCUCAUCAGAAGGCCAACAUUUUGGUUGCUGCUGUUGUGGUUUAUAUGCCAGGAUACUAUCAUUGUCACAUACCAAGGUUGUUUUUACGCGAUCAUCAAUUACUACGGAAACAAUGUCAAAAGCACAGUUAGUACGUAUACGGACGUGUAUUCCUGGUUUCAAGUGGUUUCUCUGUUCUGGGCCUUGCCGACUGGUUUGAUGCUGGACAGACUCAUCGCAAGGUCAACAAAAGAAGACAAAGAGCGAUGCUUCAUGCUUCCACUUUCCCUGGCGAUUUCGGUUGGUAUCGUAGUAUCCAUAGCGUGUAUCAUCCCAGUUAUCGAGAUGCACUUUGUGGCUAUUUUCUUUCAUUCUGUGCUGAAAACCGGGAGUUACGCUGUGCAUUUGGCCUUCGUGGCAUCCGUGUUUCCAAGGGAACACUUUGGAAAGGCAUACGGAAUACAAAAUACUGUCAGUAGUUUGGUGAACUUUAUUAAUUUACCAAUAUUCUCCUGGUACAAAUACAGCCUGGAAAGUGACCCACUUGGGCUCGGGGUACUGUUCCUGGGAAUAUGCUUCACGGCCAGCAGUUUACCUUUCUACCUUCUUUGGCAUCGGUGCCGCUCCACACAAUAACAACCACAUGUACAGGACAGAAAUUGUGGAACGGCGCUGUAGUACGGAUACAAUGAAGUGGCAGUGGACUAGAUCAAGACCAAGAUCUAGAUAUUUUAUUGAAGUCUCACCCAUAAAAAAGAUAAACACAUUAAGAACAAUAAAACAU